UAUUAGGAAUUUAAUUUACAUAUCUAUUAUUUGUUGAUCGUGUAAAAUAAAAUAUUUCAUUACAAAUAUGUUUACUAAGACUCUAUUGGUUUGUCUUUUUGCAGCUAUUUCAGUGAUAAUACCUGUAAGUGCUGAAAAAAAAUAUAACAACCAAAGCGAACUUAUAGAUGAUAUGUUAGAUAACUUGUUUCAGUGCAUGCAAGAACUGGACCUAAAUCCUGACGUUUGCGGUGAAUUGUUGGUAAAGGACAAAAACCACGACGAUAAGAGGUACGAUAAUUGCAAGUGCCUCGGCCCGUGCGUUGCAAAGAAAAUGGGAACGAUGAACACGGAGACCGGCAAAUGGAACUGGGCCAAAUUUAAACAGUUAUCGAAUUUGUUGGAUAACGAAAUCCUCAAAAAUGAGGCAAAUAUAUUGCAAAAAAACUGCUUCGAUGAAGUAAACACUCACUGCGUCGCCGGUUACGCGUUCAUGAAAUGCGCCUUGGAACAUUCCCCGAUGGCUAAAGAUAUGGUCAAAAACUAUUUGUCCACCAAAGAAAACACUCCAAACGAAGACGAAGCCGGAGAAUAACACAAUGCAUACCUAAUAUUAUAAAGAAUUGUACAAUACUUAAUAAUUAUUAUUAUAUAAUGUAUACGCAGUUUAAUGCACUCAUAUACCUAGUACGGUUCGUUAUGCGUUUCAAUUAAAAUAUACAAUAUAAACAAAUACAUUAACACAAAAUCAUAAUAAUUUGCACAGAUUCAUAAAUAUAUAUUUUUUUUAAAUUUAAAACGGCAUUUAGUAAUAAGCCGUUACACUCAUGCCAAUUAUAAUAUAUUUAUAUAAUAUAAUAUGCCUUAUACGUCUAUAUAGGUUGUUCAUAAAUGUCUAUCGUAAAUCGCAUGACAAUGCGUACCUAUGUAUAAUAUGAUUAAUAACCAGUUAACUGUGUUCCAUGAUGUUGCAUAUACCUAGGUAAUAGCGGGUUACCUUGCCUGCGUGCAGGUAACGUUACAUUAGUUCGGUCAUGACGAUAAUGUAUAAUAGUGUUAAUUAUUAUUGACUAUUGUGGCGAGUAGUAGAAUAUAUAUAUAUAUAUAUAUCUAUACUUAAGACGACUAAAUUCAUCGUAAUCAUUGGACAUUGUUGUCACGAUAUCGAUAAUAGAAUCGUUGAAUUAUUAUUAUAUUGUUAUCUCGACGGAAAUCAUGAAACUCGUAAAAAAUCAUAACGGCGACUGAAUCGUUAAAAUGUAUUAUUCAAA